AGAACGGGCGAGCAAGACGCGGCGACGACUAAACCGUUUCAAAAUAAAACACAAAUAAUCUUUUGCAUUGUUUUUUGCGCACACAUAAAGUGCAACAACGUAUUCGCAUUAAAAGAAAGCAAACGUUUGAUAUAACAGCAUCGGUCGUGCAUGUGGGCGUAUAGUAAACUGCAUGAAUGAAUUGUUGGUAAAACAACGAAAAUAGGCAAAAGCAAAAGCAGUAAAAAGAAGCACAGCAGCAGCAGCAGCAGCAGCAGCAACAACAGCACGUACUUGAGUGUUGCUUGCCUGUGUGUGUGUGUGAGUGUUGUGUGUGCGUGGUCUUCACGACCGUGUGUGUGUGUGUGUGCUUAAAAAUAUUGCUUAACCCAGCAAAUAAUCAUGUAAAAUUUUUAUAAAAAGUUCACACAAAUUUCAAGUAGAGAAAACACGUGAAAAUUGUGAAAAUCUCAGCCCGUUGUGGUGAAAGUGCAACAACAGCCAACAGCCCAACAGCCAACAGUGAGCAAGAAAAUACAUACAUAUGUAGCAAAAAAAGAGAAAGAGUGAAAAGUAAAUUUUGCCUGCGUCGCCUCUUCUCUUUCUCUUCGUUUACGUUGUGUUUGUGUUAUGUUUUUUUGGUUUCAUUUCAACGCCAACGUGAAGUGCUAAGUGGAGCAGCAGCAGCUGCAGCAACGACAAGGAGAAAUUUGCAACAAUUUGUGGAACUCGGCAGCAUUUGCAUGCAGAUUUAAUAAUGUCUAUGCUCAAGAUGUUGUUGCCAGCCACGGCUGAGCUGUGUACACAGUGCCCCGCUCUGCGCCCCCUUGUUAGCCAAAAUGCGGCCGCCCAUGGCCAUGCAGUCGACUGCGCUGCAGCAGCAGAAUGAAGCAUUUCAGCAGGCGCACGUACACGUCCAUGCAACGCCAGCAAUACAACAACAGCCACAGGCCCCACAGCAUCCGCUCAGCCUAGAGUUGGACACGCAGCAGCAUCAGCAGCAGCAGCAGCUGACAGCGCACAAAUCCAAACUGCCGCCACUGGAGCUGCUCGUGGAGCACAAGCUUAGCUACAGCUCAGCAGCCACAUAUCAGCAGCAACAGUCUAACUUUAAGGAUUCCAAACAACAACGAGAACAGCCCAAGGAUCUUAGACAUUCCCAGGCGCAGAGCAGCACAUCCUGCCUGAGUGCCGCACGCGCCUCCAUCUUUGAUGACGCUGCCGAGAAUUUCAUCAUUAACUUUCCGGCCGAAUCAUCGCUGCAGCUGUUGCCGCUGUCGGAGACGGUGCCACUGCUGACGCACAUCGAGGCCACCGUGGUGGACAAGCAGCGCUCCAUACGCCUCAACAAGAACAGCGCCUCGCUCAUCUUCACCAAGAAGGAGCUCGGCCCCAGCAGCCAGCAGCAGCGUCGCCAGCACCACAGCCUGUACGGUGCGGGCGAGCGACAUCACAAGCAAACCAAACAUUUGCCGUCCACGCGCGGCCAGCAGCAGCGGCGCAGCCUUCAGCUGAACUACAACAACAAUCUGGUGACCACCGCUGCAUGCAACAACGCCGGCACGGCUGGCCCUAAUUACGCCGCCAGCGGCGGCAAGCUUGUGCCGCACAAGCAUCACACACACAGUCACGGACACGGUCAGGGUCACGGUCAGAGUCACGGUCCCGGUCACGGUCACGCCGGCGUGGGUCUGACAUCGCCAACGGCCAACAGCGCCGGGGCUGCUGCAUCGGCGCGCAAACAGUUCUCCUACUCCUGGUACGCGCCAGUUUAUAGUGCGCUCGAGGAGGAGCUGGAACAGGAUUCGAGGGAUUCCUCGCCAAUUCACAAUCUGGCCAACACAAAGCAUCAGGCACGCGCCAGCAGCCAGCAUAGUGCCACUGCCUCGCAUGCCGCGCCGCAGCACGACUCGGACACAAACGAGACAGUUGCGCUGCUGGAGACGCAGACGCGCAACAAGAUCAACAUCAUUUCGGCAAGCGACGCUGGAGCUGAGCGCAAGGCGCAGCCGACGCGCAUCUCCCUAUCACUGCCCAAUUCCCACAAUCACAAUCACUCGCUCUCGGUCAACAGCCUGGGCAAUGGGGCCACAGCAGCUGCCACUGGAACAGGCACAGGCGGCGGCGCCGGCGCCGGUGCUGGGGGUAGCGAUAUGGAGAGCUCACUGGGACUCACGGGUGCUCAGCUGCCGCGUCGUCGACGCUUUGAGAACUUUAUCAAGUCGCUGGUUGGCCUUAAGGGCAGCAGCAGCAGUCGGGCCAGUGAAAAGGAAAAGGAACGCGAUCGGGAACGGGAACGGGAGCCAACGCAUUUGCGACCCGCCUCGCCGGAAAUACGCAUUACGCGCACACCCUCGGAACAGGAUGUGGUGCUCCGGGAUCCUGCCGGCCGCCAACAGCACUCGCCGCACCAACAGCUAGCCAAUGGCCAUGGCAGCAGCCGGCUGAGCAUCAGCGGCUCCAGCAGCUCACUGAAUGUGGUGCAGCAGAAGCUGUGGCAUAUGAUGCGUCGCGAGGGCAGCGCCAGCAGCCUGCACCAGGAGAAAUCACAGUCCAUUGUACAGUAUACGGGCCUGCGCAAAUGCGAAACGGUGCUGGCCCUCACACGCCAGAGCCACACACUGCAUCCGAUGCCCGGCGAUGAGACGGCCAUGAUGCUGGCCACGCAUGGCGGCAGUGGCAAUUUCAGUGUCGGUGGCGUGGAGCAAAUACGUCCGCUGAAUCGAUUGCGCAACAGCGUUAAUAGCAUCAAUGGAGUUGGCACUUGUUCCCGCUGCUCCAGUUUGUUGUCGCUGGCUGCAACCGGUUCGCGUUAUUCGCUGGCCAAUGGCUUUGUGCCGCGUCCAGAAUCGGCACUAUCCUUCGGCACACAUCCCCGACGGCCCAGUGUCAGCUUUGUGGAUGGCGGCGGCGGCGGCGAUGUGGACCAAAUGUCGACGGAGCCGACGCACAUCAAUGUCAAUGCGCAGAUACGACUGAGCAAUGGCAGCAGCAAUAACGCUGGAGCUGGAGCUGGAGCAACUGCUGCUGCUGCUGCUGCUGUUGCUGGCUGUGGCUCACGCAAAAGUUCCGCUGGCAUGCAGAGCGCCAGCAGCCCAAGUCCGCCGUCCAAUGUGACCACAGCAACAUUGCACUCCAAUGGCAACAAUAUCAGCAACUUUGAGGAACACACACCGGCCACGCCAAGCAGCUCGGGUGGCAACGAACUGGGCGCCUUUGGCACCACCCACGCAUAUCCGUUGACUGUCAGCUCCCUGCUGUCCAUGGCCAGUGCCAAUCAGGCGGCCCAGGCCUGUUGUGUGCGCGACGGCAUCACAUUGAAGCGGCGCGAGAUGCUCGCCUCCGCGGAUGUGACACCCUCGGCGGGCACACCGGCCACGCCCAUCAAUUUCCAGCUAUUCACCUGCAAACUCUGCCUCAUCGAUGUGGAGAACGCAGCGGAGGCCACCGCCCUGCUGCAUUGCGGCUGCCAGUUUUGCACUGAGUGCAUGCGCGCCUAUGUGGACUUUGAGAUAACCGAAGGCGCCUACGAGAUCUCCUGCCCCGAUGCCAAAUGUCCAGCGCAGGGCGCCAUAUCGCUGCCCGAAAUCGCGACCCUAACCACAACGAAUCUGCUAAAGAAACAUCAUCGUUAUCGCCUAAAUCGAGAAAUCGAAUUGGACAAAACGCGCACCUGGUGCCCACGUGCGGGCUGCGAGACAAUUUGCACGGUGGGUUGCGGUGCUCCGCGUGCUGCGGGUGCCGCAGCAGCAGCAACCACUGCGACUGCUACUGCGACAGCGGCUGCGACUGCGACUGGUGGCAGCGCCAUUUGCCAAAUGGAUGAGUCACCAUCAACAUCGCAGAGCUAUACACCGCAACAGGACAGCGCUACGCCGCUGCUCUCCAUAUCCGUGCACUGUCCCUCCUGCAAGGAUGAGUUUUGUGCCCUCUGCAAAAAGGCGUUUCAUCCAAACAUAAGCUGCGAGGAAUUUGGACGUCGUUUGAUUGCAGAUGGUCAGGAUGAUAUUGGCAUACCGUUCGACAACGAGCUCAUCAAAUGCUGCCCCAUGUGCGCGGUGCCCAUUGAGAAGGACGAGGGCUGUGCCCAGAUGAUGUGCAAGCGCUGCAAGCACGUCUUCUGCUGGUACUGUCUGGCCAGUCUGGAUGAUGACUUUCUGCUGCGGCACUACGACAAGGGGCCGUGCAAGAACAAAUUGGGUCACUCGCGCGCCUCGGUCGUCUGGCAUCGCGCCCAAGUUAUUGGCAUAUUUGCGGGCUUUGGCAUUUUACUGCUGGUGGCAUCGCCGUUGCUGCUGCUGGCGGCGCCGUGCAUCAUUUGCUGCAAGUGCCGCGGCUGCAGCGGCUCCAAGAUUGAUGAGGUGGACGCCGAGCUGGAGGAGGAGGUCACCGCUUUGCAGGGCUAGCUUCGAGGGGCGCUACUGGAUGGAUAACCAUUUCAAAUUGUGUUAAACCCACUUGAGCUGCUGCUGCUUCCUCUCCCCCUCCCCCUCCCCCUCCCCCAUUUGAACAACCUGACGAGUUCUUUAUUUUUAACCUUGCGACUAGAGAGAUGGUGGCAAAUAUUGUUAUUGACGAACCGUUUAAAUUUAUUAUUUUAAUUGUAUGCAUUGUAUAGUAUGUGUUAACUAAAUUGUGAUAUUUACAGUGAUUCGAUUUUUAAUUGAAUCGAAAAUUUGUUGAACCUAUACAGAGAACAA